AUUGUGGUUUCUUUACCAGACAGUUGAAAUCAAAGUCAAAAUGGACUGUGAUGGAUGUGAAAGAAGAGUGAAGAAUGCUGUUAAGAACAUGAAAGGUGUGAAGACUGUGGAUGUUAACAGAAAGCAAAGCCGAGUAACAGUUAGCGGAUAUGUGGAGCCAAACAAGGUGUUAAAGAGAGUAAAGAGCACAGGAAAAAGAGCCGAAUUAUGGCCGUACAUACCUUACAACUUGGUCAGUUAUCCGUACGUUAAUCAAGCCUACGACAAAAGGGCUCCGGCUGGUUUUGUUAAGAAUGUUGUUCAGGCUGUGUCAGCCCCAAAUUCUACAGAUGAACGGAUGACCUAUCUCUUUAGUGACGAUAACCCUAAUGCUUGUUCAAUCAUGUGAUACAUAUACUUACUAUAUUUAGUAUAAUUAAGUUCAAUCUUUCUUUACUUGGUUGUUUGCUUUUGGCGUUAUAAGUAGUAGCAAUAUGAUGUGGUGAAUUGUACGUUUAGAUACAGUUUGUCAUGCCUCGUAAUCGAGAUAUAGUUUUUGUAUCUGAGAGGCUCAUGCAAUCGAAAUUACAAAUAAUAUGAUGACAUAUUAUGUAACUUCCCC